UCCUCUCCUCUCCUUGGAUUUUCUUUACUCUUAGAUUCAUUCACUGUUUUUUUCAACCAACCAGCCUAACCUUUCUCACCCUCUCUCGAUAAUUUUCUCCCUGCUUAAAAUUCUUUCUGAUAUUUCACAGACAGAAAUUUCCUCAUUUAGGGUUUUGAUCUGUUAAUUUCCUGAUUCUUUUGAAAAUCAUACUUCAAUUAUCAAUAUGAAUGGAGCUUCUGAAGGAUAAGGUCGUUAUUGUUAUCGAGCUUUGAGAUAGUUUGUUAUUUUCUCUACAUAGAUCUGUUCCACUUGUGAUUAGUGAUUCGUCUGACUAGUUUGUGUCUCUCAUUCGAGAUUUUCUUUACAAGUUUAGGGAUUAAGAGGUUGAGGGAUUUGAAUUUGUAGUUGUGAUAUCUUGAAGACAUCGGAAUGUGCAAGACGUUUACUUGUGUUGUGAAGCAGGGUUUUUUAUCUAGUACUUUUUACAUAAUAGGUUUAUUUGAGUCUGGUUGAUGGGGAGUGUUCCAGUGAGCACUGAUGGUGGUACUGGGGAGAAGAGAAUAGCGGAGUUGAAUAAUCAUAGGAGGUAUGAGCAUAAGGAAGUUAGGGAUGGAGUUGUUGGUGAGGGACAGGGUCUUUCGGAGGAAGAUGAGUCGAGGAUUAAUGAAGUUGCAGAAACUCUUCAUAAUGAACGUCAAAGGACCACCCAAGGACAGGACACUGCGUUGAAGCUGCAACCACAGCCACCGCUUCCAGGGCCGUCAGUUUGUUGGGAGAGAUUUCUCCCACUCAGGUCAUUGAAGGUUCUACUGGUGGAAAAUGAUGACUCGACACGCCAGGUUGUCAGUGCACUGCUUCGCAAUUGUAGCUAUGAAGUUACUGCUGUUGCAAAUGGUGUGCAGGCGUGGGUAAUUCUACAAGACUUGACGAAUCACAUUGAUAUCGUCCUAACUGAGGUGGUCAUGCCUAGUCUGUCAGGCAUUGGUCUUUUAGGCAAAAUAAUGAGCCAUAAAACUUGCAAAAAUAUUCCUGUUAUUAUGAUGUCAUCCCAUGAUUCUAUGGGUAUUGUCUUUAAAUGCCUGUCGAAGGGCGCAGUUGACUUUCUAGUGAAGCCUAUUCGAAAGAAUGAGCUUAAAAAUCUUUGGCAGCAUGUUUGGAGAAGAUGCCACAGCUCUAGUGGUAGUGGAAGUGAAAGUGGUAUACAGACUCAAAAAUCUCCUAAAUCAAAGAGUAUGGAAGGAUCUGACAACAAUACUGGCAGCAAUGACGAAGAUGACAACAGGAGCAUCGGAUUAGGUGUCAGGGAUGGCAGUGACAAUGGAAGUGGUACUCAGAGCUCUUGGACGAAACGAGCAGUCGAAGUUGAUAGCCCCCAACCAGUGUCACCAUGGAAACAAUCAUCUGAUCCACCAGAUAGCACAUGUGCCCAGGCUAUCCUCUCCAACUCUGAAGGGUUGGUUAAGGAGUUAGCAGACAUGGAGUGCCAAGUACAGGAUGAUGAAUCUCAUGAAACUGUCCCAAUGGGAAAGGACUUGGAAAUUGGAGUUUUAGGGAGUACAAACUUGCAACAUGAAGAUUCAAGGGAUAAGGUCCAUACCAAGCUAACUAUCAGAAAUCAGGAUAAGAUGCCUGAAGCAGACCUUCACAAAAACACUCUGAAAUUUGAUAAAGGAGCUUUUGAUCUGAACAUAGAAAAGCCAUUAUGUGAACCGAGGUCCCAGGCUGUUGUGGAUAAUACUGGUCUGAUCAGCAGUUCACAUAAUCUCCCAGUCAAAAAUGGCCUCGCCGAGGUUCCACGUGGUCUCUGCAAGGUGUCGGAACCCAAAGAUAAGGCGACUUCCGGUAAUAAUGAAUUACCAUCUGUUGGGCUGAGUUUGAAGUGGUUGAGAGGAAUUGGCGAUGUUAAGAAUGCUACUCAGGACGAACGCAAUGUUUUGAGACGUUCAGACCUUUCAGCCUUCUCAAGGUACAACACAGUUUCCAGCGCCAACCAGACCCCAACUGGAAAUGUGGGGAGUUGUUCACCACUUGAUAAUAGUUUUGAUGCUAUGAAGGCAGAAUCAAUGUACAAUCAGCAGUCAAAUGGGAGUAGCAACAACAACGAUAUGGGAUCCACCACUAAAAACAUACUUGUAAAGCCAGCAGCUGUCAGUGAUAAAUCAGCAGCCACGUCAACAGCUAGAUGCCUACACACCUCUGCUUUUCAAGCUGUUCAGAAUGGUCAGACAUUUCCACCUCCGCAAGGAAAUUCCCUAAAGCCUGAUAAGGGUGUAAUCACCACCACAGUGGUGGCACAACCAAGAGGUGCACAUCAGCAGGUCCAAGUUCAGCACCACCAUCACCAUUAUCACCACCAUCACCAUCAUGUCCAUGACAAGCAAAAGCAGCAACCGCCGCCAGAAAAUGAUGAUUUAUCAUUGAACGUCGCAACUACUGUCGUGCAAUGUGGGUCUUCAAAUGUGUAUGGACCUGUUGAAGGUAAUGGUAGGGAUUACAGCGUAAAUGGAAGCAAUUCAGGUAGUAACCAUGGGAGCAACAAAGUCAUGAACAUCAGUGGUGGGGGGAACAUAGAAAGUGAUAAUGGGAAAAGUGAAGCAGCUGGAGUUAGUGGGAGUGGAAGCGGAAGUGGAGGUGGAAUGGAGCUAAACCGAUUCGCACAGAGAGAAGCUGCCUUGAACAAAUUUCGCCUGAAAAGAAAAGAGAGGUGCUUCGAAAAGAAGGUUCGAUAUCAAAGCAGAAAGAGGUUGGCGGAGCAGCGACCUCGAGUUCGUGGCCAAUUUGUGAGACAGGUAGUGUACGAGCACCCAAGUCGAGAGGAAAACACCUAACGGUACGCUUGUUUCUGUAACAGUUGUGGGUUUGUGUACAUGAGAUUUAGCACUGUCUGUGAAUGUAGCCAAAAGCUUCUAGGUUUUUCCUUUUAUAUUGUGCCAGGUUGUGAAGAUGUGACCUUAUUAAUUUAAGAUUACUAUUAUCUAGAGAAACAAAGACCAAAUACCUUGAUGUUGUAAGACCUCUUAAGUUAUUAACUAUUUGGUUAUUUGUAUUUUUUAUUUGUGCGUAUUGUACUUGUAAGACUACUAUCAUAUGGGGGAUGGUUAGCUCUUGAAAGGGUGUUAAAACCAUCUUCCCUUCCUCAUUGUCUUAAUAAAGUCGAUGUUGUCAUUGUUAUCGUGUAA